CUGAACCCGGUUUUGGCGAGUGCUGAUGGGAACCCAUUACGUCACACGAGAGGGUCAUUAACAAGGACGAAGACGGACAAACCAUCUCAUUCGUUUCCACAGCUCGACUGAGAAUUCAUCAAACAGGACGUCACAGGAUCAGGUCAAGCACAACCUUCCCUGGUUUCCAAACCUGGAGACCAGUCAGGAUUCUCAGCUCAUCAGGACUCAGGAUAAGAUUAUGUACCAGGUUUACCGAGCAGACCACAGCCUCGCCCGCCUGCUGCUGCCCCUCAAUGCCUCGGCCCAGGAGGUACUCACUGCCCUCGAGGAGAGGGCGACCCACGAGCUGCUGCUCGUCCAGGUCAACUCAGCCGGAGACCGUGUGGAGCUGAGGCCGGGGACUCGCUGCUUCGCCACUUCACUGCGACUGAACGAGCGACUGUACGUCUGUCCCCGAGGCCAACAGCUGUCACUGGUCCCACACCCAGACCAGCUUUGGCCGACCACGGGCAGCCUGGCCACCCUGGAGCACGUCAGCUCUAAGGACCUGGCCAUUCACCUGACCGAGUACGACUGGGAACUGUUCUCUUCUGUCCACGAGGUGGAGUUGGUGUAUUUCACUUUCGGGAAACAGAAGUUUCCCCACGGAACCACCGCCAACUUUGACCGUUAUCUCUAUCGCUUCAACCUCCUGCAGUUCUGGGUGGUGACAGAGAUCUGUCUGUGCAGCGACUUAGACAAACGUGUUCAACUGCUCAAAAAAUUCAUCAAACUCGCUGCCUAUUGUAAAGAGCAAAAGAACAUGAAUUCUUUUUUUGCUGUGGCGUUCGGGCUGAGUAACAGCGCUGUGUCUCGGCUCAGCAAAACCUGGGAGGGUCUGACAAACAAAACCAGACGAGUGUAUCAGAGCUUUGAGAGACUGAUGGACCCUUCGCGGAACCACAGGGCCUACAGGAUGGUGGCCGGUAAACUCAGUCUCCCCUUCCUGCCCUUCAUGCCUCUGCUGAUCAAAGACCUGACCUUCAUCGAGGAGGGCAACAAAACCUUUGUCAAUAACCUCGUCAACUUUGAGAAAAUGCGGAUGAUCGCACGGACUGUGAACCUGUUUAGACGAUGUCGGACUCACUCCCAGAUGAUACCCCAGAAGAUGGAGCCAGAGAUCUCGUCUGCUCAGAUUUCGACGAGUGAGUCUCGAUUCAUCCCACACUAUUUUUCCUUUGGUCACCCGUGCGUCUGACACAUGCAGGAAUCCAUCGCCACGC